AUGACGAUUAAGCUGGUCGUUGGAGGGUUUAUUUUGCACAUUAUUAAUGCUUAUGCGCCGCAAGCGGGCUUAGGUGAGGAGGAGAAGAGACGUUUUUGGGAGGAUUUGGACAAGAUGGUGGAAGGCAUACCGCUCACUGAGAAGCUAUUCAUAGGAAGAGAUUUCAAUGGACACAUCGAGUCAAUUUCGGGGGGAUAUGACGAUGUGCAUGGAGGUUGUGGUUUCGUGGACAGGAACGGAGGAGGAGUUGCAUUGUUGGAUUUCGCAAAAUCCUUUGGGCUGUUGGUAGACAACAAGGAUGAUGAGAAGAAGCGGACAAAUAGGGAAUUGUAUAAGAUAGCGAGGAAGGAGGCAAAGUUAGCGGUUACGGUGACAAAAACAACAGCUUUUGAACGUCUGUAUGCAGAACUAGAGGACAAAGAUGGGGAUAAGAAGUUGUACCUACUAGCCAAGGCAAGGAAGAGGAGGGCGCGUGACUUGGAUCAGGUGAAGUGCAUUAAAGACGAGGAUGGCAGGGCGGUAAUGGUGGUAAUGGAGAUGGAGAGGAAGGAAAUUUUAUUGGUGAAAGAAUAA